AUGUAUCUCAAAGCAGAGUUGAGCCGGAGUGUUGUACUUCCUCCCAAAAGCCUGAACAAAGAUGGAGUGAAGCUCCAAACGGAAGUGUCUCGCCGCUUGCUGGAUGAUUUUGCUACAGAAAGGGCAACAAAAGAUCUGGGAUACUUUCUGGCUGUGACGACUGUGGAGAGCAUAGGAGAAGGAAUGGUGAGGCCGGACACCGGUGAAGUUAAGUAUCCGGUUGUUUUCAACUGCAUCACCUUCAAGCUUUUCGUCGGAGAGAUCAUAGAUGGGGUUGUUUACAAGGUAAUGAGGCACGGAGUUUUUCUUCGAUGCGGUCCUGUUGAAAAUGUGUUUCUCUCUGCUAACAAGAUACCGGAAUAUCAUUUUAUCCCUAGAGAUGAUGACUCUGUGUUCUUAAACCCUGAGAAGCCGCUCUCUAGGAUUGGGAAAGAUGUCACAAUUCGUUGCAUUGUCCUUGCGACUCGAUGGUCUGAAGAAGAAAGGGAACUCUACGCACUGGUUGAUUUGCCGACUAGAAUUAUUGAGGUUGUUUGGCAUCCUCCAGUCAUUGGGUGGGUGAAGAUUAAUUCGGAUGGAGCUUGGAAGUAUGCAGAGGGUGUUGGAGGUUUUGGUGCUGUUUUUCGUGACUUUAAAGGUCAUGUUCUUGGUGCUUUUUCUUCCAACAUUGAUAUUCCUAGUUCAGUAGCAGCAGAGGUGAUGGCAGUUAUAGUUGCUAUUGAGCUUGCUUGA